UGCGGAGGGGAACGCCCGCCCGCCGCCAUGGAGGCCCGCUACAACCUCAAGAGCCCGGCUGUCAAACGUUUAAUGAAGGAAGCUGCAGAACUGAAGGAUCCUACAGAUCACUACCAUGCACAACCUUUGGAGGAUAACCUUUUCGAAUGGCACUUUACUGUGAGAGGCCCUCCAGAUUCGGAUUUYGACGGAGGAACCUACCACGGCAGAAUAGUGCUGCCACCUGAGUAUCCCAUGAAGCCACCAAGUAUUAUUCUGCUGACGGCCAAUGGCAGGUUUGAAGUGGGGAAGAAAAUUUGUUUAAGCAUCUCAGGGCAUCAUCCUGAAACAUGGCAGCCUUCAUGGAGUAUAAGAACAGCUUUACUAGCCAUUAUCGGAUUCAUGCCAACCAAAGGUGAAGGAGCCAUAGGAUCUCUAGACUACACACCAGAAGAAAGAAGAGCACUUGCAAAGAAGUCACAGGACUUCUGUUGUGAAAUCUGUGGCACGUCUAUGAAGACGGCGCUCUUACCACUCACCUCAGGAAGUGUGUCAAGCCAGGCAGACAAAGAGGCCAAAGAACUUGCCAGACAAAUUAGCUUCAAGGCAGAAGUGAGCUCCUCCCGCAAGCCUGAUGCCGGYGCCGCGAGCACAGCGGGAUCGACGCUCCCGGCCGCGCAGCCGGAGCRCCGGCAGGACGGCGCAGCCGGAGCAGCCCCGGAUGCCUCCGGCGCAGCGCGCGAAGCUCCGAGCAGCGGCGCGAGGAGCAGCCAGGACCCCGCUCCCGCCGCCGCCUCGCUGAGCCCCCGGCAGCGCCGAGCCCAGCAGCAGAGCCGGAGGAGGGCCCCGUCUUCCACCGACUUCCAUCGSGUCCAGCAGCCGCGGGUCGACAUGAACCACACGGGAUCCACUGUCCUCAUCGUCCUCCUGACCCUUGCGUUGACGGCUCUUAUAUUUCGAAGAAUAUAUUUGGCUAACGAGUAUAAAUUUGAGUUUUAAGGGCUCUUUUCCGUCUCGAGAGCUGCGACUUGAAUGCUUUGCUGAACAAGGUUUUGGAUAUGGGAACUGUUUACAAAGAUUACUAUUUGUAUUUACACUUGAGUCCUUGUGAAUGUUAAUGCACCUAACAGGUUCAUUACUGUUCAUAUUUAAAAAGAAAAAUUGGACAUCUGAUUAUAACAAGUGUUAAUCGAGUGCCCUCUAGAUAGUUGGAGAAACCAUACAGGGGAAUGGUAAGGUUUAGGCAUAUGAGGGGACUCGAUUUGCAUGUAAUUUAUUAACUAGAAAACGACAAUUUAAAGAAAGUGGUUGAUGCAUUUUUUUAAGGAACACAAAUGCAAAUAAUGACCCUAUCUUUGUUAGUAUAAGAUAACGCUGGAGAAAGGRUUUUAAAAGAAAACAUCAUUAUGUGUUUGUGUUCAAUGAGCUCCUAAUGUACAGGAAAUAAAUGUUUUGUAACCACUUUUAUUUACCGUGACACAUUUCCAGGGGCRGGGUGGGGGGAAAUGCAUAUACAGGUUGGUUAAGAAUUUGUCUUCUGUGUAUGAAAGGGGAAAAGGGAAAGGGGAGCAAAGAAGGGGCCAGAAAACUAAUUAUUUUGGUUUUGACUUUGGAAGUAAGAUUAGAUAACCUUUUGCCAGAUUUCAUUGUCCUCUUCUGAUACUGUCAAUUGUAUAUCUUGCUUUUUUUUUAAUUUGAAGAUUAUAUGAAACAUCUUUAUUCUUGCAAUAGUUAUAAAUAUGUAAUAUAAUUAUUUACCCAGAGCUAUUGUCUUUUAAUUAUAAAUAUACAUAGUGCAUUAAACUGAAAUUUGGGYUUAUUUACUAAAGGAAAGUGAAACCGUAUCAUACGUAAACUCUCUG